CCCAAAUUUAACUGAUCUUCUCGAAUCAUCUACACCCAGAAACCCUAGAAGAUGGAUAUCGAUCGAGAGAUCGCGGCAACGCAAGAGGAGCGGCGGCGGAAGGAGGAAGAACUCGCUUCUCUCACAACCCUUACUUUCGAUCGGGACCUCUACGGCGGUACCGAUAAGAACGAGUAUGUCACCUCCAUCCCUGCCAACGACGAAGAUGAUGCCAACGUUGACGGUAUGGAUUCUGAGUUCGCUCGCAAGCUUGCUUCUUACACUGCCCCUAAAUCCCUACUCAAGGAGGUUCCUCGAGGGGAUGAGGAUGAUAACUCCCUGGGGUUUCGACAACCUGCUAAGAUUAUUGACCGUGAGGAUGAUUAUAGGAGGAGAAGGUUGAAUCGUAUUAUAUCGCCAGAGAGGCAUGAUGCGUUUGCGGCUGGGGAGAAGACGCCGGAUGCGUCCGUGCGGACUUAUGCGGACGUGAUGCGGGAGCAGGCUUUGGCGAGGGAGAAGGAAGAGACCUUGAGGGCUAUUGCGAAGAAGAAGAAAGAGGAGGAGGAGGCGGCCAAGGCAGAGAAGGAGGCUGGUGGGGCUGCUGCUGCCGCUGCUCCCAAGAGGAGGAAUAGGUGGGAUCAGUCGCAGGAUGAUGGGGCUUCUGCUGCGAAGAAGGCAAAGGCUACUUCAGACUGGGAUUUGCCUGAUGCAACUCCUGGAAUUGGGCGGUGGGAUGCUACGCCUACACCAGGAAGGGUGGCAGAUGCAACUCCUUCGGUGGGAAGGAGGAACAGGUGGGAUGAGACACCGACUCCAGGACGUGUGGCUGACUCGGAUGCAACCCCUGCUGGUGGGGUCACGCCUGGUGCAACUCCGGCUGGGGUCACUUGGGAUGCAACCCCCAAAGGUUUGGUUACCCCAACACCAAAACGGCAGAGGUCCAGGUGGGAUGAGACUCCGGCAACCAUGGGUAGUGCUACCCCAAUGGCGGGUGCUACUCCAGCCGCUGCUUUUACUCCGGGAGUCACUCCUGUUGGUGGAAUCGAUUUGGCCACUCCCACUCCUUCGGCUAUUCAAUUGCAGCAGGCUGGAUAUAUGACUCCGGAACAGAGGAAUUUGUUAAGGUGGGAGAAGGAUAUUGAGGAGAGAAAUAGGCCAUUAACAGAUGAGGAGCUCGAUGCUAUGUUCCCUGAAGAGGGAUACAAGAUUUUAGAGCCGCCAGCAUCCUAUGUGCCCAUUAGAACGCCUGCAAGGAAGCUUCUGGCUACCCCAACUCCAUUAGCAACCCCACUUUACUCUAUUCCAGAGGAGAAUCGUGGCCAACAGUUUGACGUGCCCAAGGAGAUGCCUGGUGGAUUGCCAUAUAUGAAGCCAGAGGAUUACCAAUUGUUUAAAAAGUUGCUGGAUGAUGUGAAUGAGGAGGAGUUGUCGCCUGAUGAGCAGAAAGAGCGGAAAAUUAUGAAGCUCUUGUUGAAGGUGAAGAAUGGAACCCCACCACAGAGGAAGACUGCUUUGAGGCAGCUUACUGAUAAGGCUCGGGAAUUUGGUGCUGGCCCAUUGUUUAAUCAGAUUCUGCCCUUGCUUAUGCAACCAACAUUGGAAGACCAAGAGAGGCACCUUUUGGUAAAGGUUAUUGAUAGGGUUCUGUAUAAAUUAGAUGAGUUGGUUAGGCCUUAUGUGCACAAGAUUCUUGUUGUGAUUGAGCCUUUGUUGAUAGACGAAGAUUAUUAUGCCCGUGUGGAAGGGAGAGAGAUUAUUUCGAAUCUCAGCAAGGCAGCUGGUUUGGCUACCAUGAUCGCUGCCAUGCGUCCGGAUAUUGACAACAUUGAUGAGUAUGUUAGGAACACUACUGCAAGGGCUUUUAGUGUUGUUGCUUCUGCACUAGGGAUUCCUGCUCUUCUGCCUUUCUUGAAAGCUGUGUGUCAGAGUAAGAAAUCAUGGCAAGCUAGGCACACUGGGAUCAAGAUUGUGCAGCAGAUUGCUAUUUUGAUUGGUUGUGCUGUUCUUCCUCAUCUCAGGUCCCUUGUUGAAAUCAUAGAACAUGGUCUGAAUGACGAGAAUCAGAAGGUGAGGACAAUCACUGCUCUGUCCUUGGCUGCUUUAGCUGAGGCUGCUGCCCCGUAUGGUAUUGAAAGCUUUGACUCGGUUCUGAAGCCACUGUGGAAGGGUAUCAGGUCUCACCGAGGUAAAGUCUUGGCUGCAUUCUUAAAGGCUAUUGGUUUCAUUAUUCCUCUUAUGGAUGCCAUUUAUGCCAGUUACUAUACAAAGGAAGUUAUGUUUAUUCUAAUUCGUGAGUUCCAGUCUCCUGAUGAGGAAAUGAAGAAAAUUGUGCUCAAAGUGGUGAAGCAGUGUGUGAGUACAGAGGGUGUAGAGGCUGAUUAUAUUAGGAAUGAUAUUCUUCCUGAGUUCUUUCGUAAUUUCUGGGUGAGAAGGAUGGCUUUAGAUAGGAGAAACUACAAGCAGCUAGUUGAGACAACUGUUGAAAUUGCAAACAAAGUUGGUGUUGCUGAUAUUGUAGGCAGAAUAGUUGAGGAUCUCAAGGAUGAGAGUGAACCAUACAGGCGAAUGGUUAUGGAAACAAUUGAGAAGGUGGUUACAAACCUGGGUGCAUCUGACAUAGAUGCUAGGUUGGAAGAGCUUUUGAUUGAUGGGAUUCUUUAUGCUUUCCAAGAACAGACCAGUGAUGAUGCCAAUGUGAUGCUUAAUGGUUUUGGGGCUGUUGUAAAUGCUCUUGGGCAGAGAGUCAAACCUUAUCUUCCCCAAAUUUGUGGUACCAUUAAGUGGCGUUUGAAUAACAAGAGUGCCAAGGUAAGGCAGCAGGCAGCAGACCUUAUUUCAAGGAUUGCAGUUGUCAUGAAACAAUGUCAUGAGGAACAAUUGAUGGGACAUCUUGGGGUUGUCUUGUAUGAGUAUUUGGGAGAAGAGUACCCUGAAGUUCUUGGUUCCAUUUUGGGAGCACUCAAGGCAAUUGUCAAUGUCAUUGGUAUGACAAAAAUGACUCCACCAAUUAAGGAUUUGCUUCCUAGGUUGACACCAAUUUUGAAGAAUAGGCAUGAGAAGGUCCAAGAGAAUUGUAUUGAUCUUGUUGGUCGUAUUGCUGAUCGUGGUGCGGAGUUUGUUCCUGCUAGGGAGUGGAUGAGGAUUUGUUUUGAGCUUCUUGAGAUGCUUAAAGCUCACAAGAAGGGUAUCCGGCGGGCUACUGUCAACACUUUUGGGUAUAUUGCAAAAGCUAUUGGGCCUCAGGAUGUAUUGGCAACUCUAUUAAACAAUCUCAAGGUGCAGGAACGUCAGAACCGUGUCUGUACAACUGUGGCAAUUGCAAUUGUGGCAGAGACAUGUUCUCCUUUUACUGUUUUGCCAGCUUUGAUGAAUGAGUAUAGAGUGCCGGAGCUUAAUGUGCAGAAUGGUGUCUUGAAAUCUCUUUCGUUCCUCUUUGAGUACAUUGGUGAAAUGGGAAAAGAUUAUAUUUAUGCUGUGACUCCUUUACUUGAAGAUGCACUCAUGGACAGAGAUUUGGUCCACAGGCAGACUGCUGCAUCAGCUGUAAAGCACAUGGCACUAGGUGUUGCUGGGUUAGGAUGUGAGGAUGCAUUGGUCCACUUGCUGAACUAUGUGUGGCCAAAUAUAUUUGAGACUUCUCCUCAUGUAAUAAAUGCUGUCAUGGAAGCGAUUGAAGGAAUGAGGGUAGCCUUGGGUGCUGCAAUUGUGAUGAACUACUGUCUCCAGGGUCUGUUCCAUCCUGCCCGGAAGGUUAGGGAAGUGUACUGGAAGAUCUACAACUCUUUGUAUAUUGGAUCUCAAGAUGCUCUUGUGGCAGCGUACCCCAUUCUGGAUGAUGAGCACAACAACGUAUAUAGCAGGCCUGAGUUAAUGAUGUUUAUUUAGGUUGGAGCGUAGAUGAGAGUUGAUGCAAAAGUUAUAAAUCUAUCUGACUUUUGUAAUUUUCCUUUGAUGCAGUAGGCUUUUAAGAUACCUGUUUCUUGUUAAUUGUUGUUAGACUGCACUAGUUUCAAUGUUUUCUAUUAUUUUACAUUUUAACGCAGUUGAUGUUAUGAAAUGCAAAUGACGUACCUAUAUUGUUUCACAAGUUUUAGGUCAUGCAAUUUAUGAUCCUAAUUCUUCUCCCUUUUCAUGUUUGGGCCCUUCCUAUUUGGAGGACAAGAGCACUUGUUUGAGCUAAAUAUAAUUUCUCUAUGAUU